AUGCACUUCGUCACUUUCCUCUCCAUGCUGGCUGCCCCGGCCCUUGUCGCUGCCACCCUCGACCCUGCUUCUUCCAACAGCAAGGGCUACAAGCCCAGCAGCCUCAACUGCUCUGCUGCCAAGGUCUCCAAGGCCAUCCAGGCUGCUGAGUGCUCUCACAAUACUCGCACUUCGUCCACCCAGACCUUCGCCGUCUUCGAGACCGACCACCAAUACGACUCCAACAACGGCGCUCCCUACGGAACAUGCAGCGCCUACACUUGCACUGCCCCAACCACCAGUGAGUUAACGGAGGACUCUGACUACUGGAUUUUCUACUGGGGCAAUGGUGGAAAGAGCAGUGGAUACGGCACUACUUGCAUCAAGGAUCCCCAGACUGGCGAGUGUGGCUGCGAGAACUCGGAUGGUACUUUCGUUGCUGGAAGCUCUAGCUGCACCUAA